GAUGGUCAGUCCCUUAUCCAGAAACAUCUAACAAGCAGGCAAUAACAGACAAUCAAAUUUCACAAGUACUGUGUGAUAAUGAAAAAAGACAUUACAAGAUGUUUUUUCAUGAGCUUCAUAUUUUGGAUAUGACGUCAAUGUCAAUCAUUGAUUAAACAUUAUACCACAUAUAAUUAACUUUGAAGUUAAUAAUUAUCUGUAUACUAAACACUACAACAACAAACUGUUCAGCUAGUGGGACUAUAUUAAACUAAUUGAAAAUGAGCAAACAUAAAAAGAAGGAUGUGCCUAAGUCUAAGAGCAUUUUGGGUAUGUUUGCUGCACAACGACAGCGACACAUCAAUGAUGGAUAUAUCGAACCUCCCGAGGAGAAAAUUAAAUGGGAGAAGCUAUCCAAAUGUACUACUAAUAAUGAUAUAGAAAAAGCAUGUAUAGAUGAUGAUACUGAUAGGGAAAACAAGUCCUUGACACCUGGAAAUAAGAAGAGGAAGUCUAGUGAAACUGCAGAGUCAAAAAAUGAGAAGCCUCAAAAGAAAAUUAAGGAAACAGAGCCUUUAAAAAACAAUGAUAAUUCACAUGUUGAAAAGGAAGAAGCCAGUGAUAAUGUUGAAACAAGCAAACCCCAAGUUACAUUUUAUAAUGAAGUAACUAGUAAUGAUGAACCCAGCGAAAAGGAAUUUGAAGCAGAAACUGUAAAUGAGAACAUUAAUGAAAGCAAUGAAGAUCCUAGAGUUAAAUACAAAAAUCCAUACUACUGGGAAAACUUUAAAACCAUCAUCAACACAGUGCUUGAAAAUGAGGAGGACAGUAACCUUUUCAAUGCUGAUGAGAAGGAAACAGUAGCUGACUUUUACAGACUCUCUGAUGGUGCACAAAAACUUUAUAUACGGCUUUUUCAGAGAAAGUAUAAAUGGAUUACAGUUGACAAAAUCAAUUAUGAUGAAAUUGGAGAUUGUAGAGGAUACUUGAAUGAACUUGUCCAGAGUGGAUUUCUCAUUGGAAAUGACAAGUUAGAUGAUGUUGAAUCUGUUUUGAAAUUACUUAGUUCACCAGAUUUGAAAAGUCUCGCCAAAUCUUUACAUAUAACGACAACCAACAAACAGAAACAUCAGUUGCUGAAUGCCAUUUUAAGCCACUGUAAGAAACCAAGUAUUUCUGCAAUGUUUGGUGCAUCAAAAUCUGGUACAAGUGGAAUGGUUUUCAAACGGGCAAAAUCAUAUAUAGAGGACUGCUACAAGUUGGUGUCAAACACACGUGAAGUCUUCACCUGCUUUCUCAUGUUGUUCAACCUAUCAGAUACUGCUUUCGAUGAUGAUGAUCCAAAUGGUGGCCAGCAACAACUGUUUCAAAUGCUGAUGUCACAAAUGGGAAAAAUCGUCUAUCCUAAGUAUAAAAUUCAAAGGGAUGCUAUUAUAUUUAAAUACCGAGAACAGUUUUUGAAGUUCACCAUCGCAUUGACUCAACAUUAUGAAAUGCUUCAAGCUAUGGGCAAUAAUGACUUUGACACUGCUAAAGAGAUAUAUGAAGACACAAGGGUUGUGUAUCAGGCAUAUAGUAAUGAUCAAGCUCUGCUGGACUCUGAUAAGGCAUUGCCGAUAUAUCUCAGGUGUUUCACAGCAACAUCUAUAUACACACGCCUAAUGACACAAGGUGUGGAGUUACUACAGAAAUUGCGCCAGUAUGAAAUGGCCGUUCAACAACUUGAAGUACUCUUAUCACAGGAAGUGUAUUGUUUGCGAUAUCGAGGCCGCUGGUAUGACCGUCUAGCACUCAACCUAGAGCAACAUCUUAAACAACCUCAAAAAUCUCUAGACGUCAUAAAAUCCGGACUCGAUGAUGUCUAUGUCAGAACAGGUAGACGACUGGCAUUAUUCCAACGUGCAGAACGAAUCUGCAACUCACCAAGCCAUAAGAAACUGAAGUGUCAUCUAUUAGAAAUUCACCAUGACGAUGUCAUUGAUGCCCCUAAGGAGACAAUAUCAGGGCGAUUAUUGCCGCAUUCAGCCCCUGGUUCUAAAACUGUAUUCAUAAGACCAAAUACUGGGGCUGAUUCUAACUGUGAUGAAGUGACACUAUGUAGCGUGGAAGACCUAUCUAUAGAACACUACAAAGAUCAAGGAUAUGACCAAGGUUUGCAUGGUGAAGGUUCAACAUUCUGUACACUAUUUGGACUCCUCAAUUGGGAUAUCAUAUUCAAAGAUGACCUCCCUGACGUGUUCCGCAACCCUUAUCAAACAAGCCCUUUGGAUUUCCACUCUGAUUGCUUUUAUGCUCAACGCAAAUCAGAGUUCGACACACAAAUCAAAACUAUCAAAGAAGCUUCAAUUGAACAACUUCAGGAAAUGAUCACCAAAUGCUGGGAAGCUCACCAAGGAGAGCUUUGCGCUGGUGUAAACUGGGAACUUUUCAAUGACCUACCACACAUAUUAGGACUUGUGAAAUGUAUAGGUGGGCCAAAGCUUGCUGGGAUAUGUGAGCGUCUUGCCAGAGACUAUCGUAACAGUUGUUCUGGAGUGCCCGAUUUAGUUGUGUGGAGUACAACAGAUGACAUAUUCAAAGUAGUGGAGGUUAAAGGACCAGGGGAUAGAUUAUCCACAAAGCAAAUAUUGUGGCUGGACUAUUUGUUAAAACUAAAAGUAGAUGCUUGUGUGUGUCAUGUUAGUGCUGUAGCAGCUAAAAAGCUAACUCGAUAAACUAUAACAUGUAUCUGAUAAAAGCAAUUGAUGAAUUGAAAAUAUUCUUAACAACCGUGUUCCAAUUGUUUACUUAUGCUGAAUGAAAGUUUUAUAAUCAGACAUUGUGUGAAGGUUUUGACUUUUGUCAGGAUUAUAUUAAAUUGGUAUCACAUUUCUGUUGAACAAUGAUUUUGAAAAAUAUCCAACUAGGAAUAGGGUUGUACUAUAUACUGUAUCUGUCUUUAAUUUGUCAAGGGUUAAAAAAGCGUCAAAUUAAAUACUCUCCAAAAUCCCAGGGAGUUUGACAAGUUUUUUGUUCGUUGCACUUCCGGUUAUAAGAAAUAUACCAAGAUGAUUAGGGCAAUUUAAAUUCAAAAAUAUUUGAAGAUAUUGUUAAUUUACAGCACCGUCAAUGAGUAUCUUGAAUUGGGUUGGAUGGGAAGAUG